AUGCCACAGAUAAUUGUUGCUUUUUCAUGCCUCAAUUGCGCCUUCACUUCUCAUUUCGGAUUAGUUGUGGAUGAAGAAAAAAACAUAGUUAUGCUGGCAGCGUAUAAACAUUCGCGUGAUUAUCCUACACUGGCGCCUUACCGAAUGGACGCCAAUCAUUGUGGUACCACACUUGGUAGUACAAUAAUUGGCUCACGCAUUGCUGCCAACGACUGGAUCUCCGAAUCGACUCCGCUUGAUGAAGUGCAUAGGUGCUACCAUCUUGUUGAUCAACCUGCGUCCAACGGUACUUUGAAAAUGAAGUAG